GAGCAGCAUAUGAAGGCAGCACAGGGCUGCUGCCACAGUCAGAAGUUCGCUCCGAAGUUCACGGCUUGGUUUCUAGAGUGUGUCCACCAGGGGGCACAGCCCGAGGGAGGCUCAAUCCAAACCCUCCACUCCGCUUCUGUUCGUACCAUGAGCUGAAUCUGUCCGGGGACAGACCAAGGAAGAUGGCGGCCACUGACCAUUCCCGGUCCGAAGCUGCUAAACAGCGACGGCAGGAUCAGCUGCAGCGAUGGCUGGGCUCGGAGACGGAUCAGACGGGGACGGAGGCCCGGGAAACUUUGGGCGGCUCUGGCACGCGGCGGGCCAAAGUUCGAUUCGCCCAAGGAGCCGUGUUUAUGGCCGCCUGCUCAGCCGGAGACCGGGAGGAGGUGGCAGCGCUGCUCCGACAGGGAGCUGACAUUAACCACGCCAACAUAGACGGACUGACAGCGCUUCAUCAGGUAGUAGGAUUAACGCAGCAGCUCACUGUUUGCUUUGUAACUGUCUUUAUGUGUAUGUUAAUGAGCUAACGGCGGUUUCACACUCCAACUGUCGCCUGAAUAACGGCAACGGCUCCGCGGAUACCUCUUAAUUAUACUCCCAGCGAGGAAGACAUAACUUAUACUGCUGUUGGAGGUGAAAAAGUACAGUCAAGCAUCAUUUUAUCACACCGUUAGUUGAACAAAAGUCAGCAAAAGUUUUCUCUGAAACCGAACCCGUCAUUUUAUUAAAUAAGGGUUGUUAUUUAAGGUCCCAGCAGGAAUAUUGUGGCCUGGAAAUGGAAAGAGUUUUUCAGCCUUUUGGUAGGCUGGGCCAUCCGCUUUGUUAAGUUAGUUCAAGGUUUCUUUAACUGGCAUUAAAUGCAGGGUUAUAAAGAUAACAGUGAGUAGCACACACCUUAGAGUUUGUUGAGUCGUUUCUAAACAAAAACAGACACUGACAGUCCGGCUUGUGUAGAGAGUCUCAGUGAAAUAGUGUGUCAAUGAAUUCAGGGAGUUUUUCAUCAUUUUCUCACAGACUAAAGUAAAAGGAAAGCCUAUUUGCAAAGUCAUAGCUGCCAAACAGGCAGAAUCAAAGAGGAGGACCUACCCCCAGGUAUUUAAUUGCAAUUUGAUGAUGGUUGCUUUGCAUGUCCCAAAUAGGCUGCACUUCAUCUGAGCAUGUCCCAGUCUUAAUGCAGCUCAGGCCUUCGUCGACCCUCCCUCCUCUUGACUUCAGUCAUAACACACAGGAGCGGUCUGGACUACAUCACUGUCACACAGGCUCUCGGUGAUGCAGUAUUUCCUCUGCCUUUAUAAUACCGCGUGACAUAAACACAUUGCUGUCUCUGAGCGUAUGAUCAGCUCUCAGUUCCAGGAGUUUAACUUUGAUAUCUUGGCUCAUUAAUCAACAUAAGAAGAUGAUGUGCUUUUGAUUUUCCUGCUCACUGGGUCUGUAUUUGCUGCCCAGCAGGCCUGAGUGCUCCUCAUGAUGUCAUGCUCUCCAGGAAAGUGAUGUUUUCCCUGUUAUUUUAAGUUGAUUAUAUGUAUUUGAUGAAGAUGCCUACUCAUGACCAGUUCAAAGACGUGGGCAUGUUCCUAGUUAGAUGCUGGAUGCUCUGGCCGUGUCCCCAUGUGGGACUGUCACCCACUGUGGUCCCUCUCCUGCCUUCCAUCCCUUUCUCUCCUGUUGCUCAUCGGCUGCUUGGCAACCAGAAUUAAAUAUAGGCCCACACUCUCUAAACUUUCCAUCCUCUUCAUCCAAAGCCUUUCUGUCUUCUCUACUCUCCGCUUUCUCUCUCUCUCUGCUUUGUCCUCCUCCUCCUUCUCCUCUUCCUCCUCCUCCUCUCGGCUCUCUCUCCCUCCCUUUGCCAAUUCCCCAUGCUGGGGACUUCAGGGAUUUCGGAUGAAGACAUGGAAAACAUUCCUCAAACAGCACAAGCCCCUGUUGUAAGAGGCGAUCUCCACAAUGAGUCACUUGAUGACCAAUGAAGGAGUCUGCUGGUAGAGGCUGCAUGUGCACCCUCAUAACACGCAGGGUGCGAGAAGUGCCCUCUGUUCAUUCAUUUGGCUUGGAGCACCCACUUGUUCAGAGGGUCCCCCUUCUGCUGCCUUGGAGGCUGCUUUUGGCUCAUAGAGAUGUGACUUUACAGCUCUGCUAUAAGCCUCGUUUUAGAUCUAAAAAUGACUUCCACUACAACCAGACUAAUCAUAUUAUAUUAUAAGGGAGGCUGUCGUCCUGUAGAAGCUUUGUGAUUAGUUGAUUUAACCUAAACGCAAAGCCUCUUACAGGAGGCAGCUUAAGGAAGUCUGAUUGACACCGUUGAGCACGACUGCAGAUACCUGCUGCUGAGUUACCAUGAAUAAAUGGCACGCUAUACAGGAGACGGGGUACAUUGUGUCUUAGCUGAUGCCAUCACAUGAGAUUUUAGUUAAGAAAUCAAUCAAAGCAAAGCCUGUGAGGACGGUAUCACAUGUUUUUAAGAAGAAACGCAAUGCUUCUUACACAAAGUUUCAUUCUCUUUUUAGUAUAUGAAAAAAUAGUCAUUAAAUGGUAAAACUUUUACCUGCAUAACCGAAGUAUGUAAGCUAAUCUCUGCUUGCAUUUUGAUGCUAGCAGAGACCUUUGGCUCAAAGCAUGAUAUGGUUAGCCUCACAGAGCUGUUAGUAUGCCUGUUGAUGCUUUUAUGACUUAUUUACUUCCUGUAAAGAAACUUCAGUAUGGUUUCGUCUCACACGAGCAUCAACAACUGCUUGAACCAGUGAAUCGUUAAAGAACAGAAGCUUUCCAUACAGCAGAAGUACCUUUAUCUUUAUCUACGCUUGAGUAAAUAUCUUUGGAUUCUUGGACUGUUGUCAAGAUAAAUUAUAGGAAAUGGUUGCAAAAACAAGGUAAUCCCAUCAUUUCAGCUGUUAGAACUUAUAUUUGACUAGAAAAUCAUAAAUAUUUUUUGCUAAUAUAAGGCAGAGGUUUGUCCAUUGUUACUGUAGGAGCCAAAAUAAAUUUGUUGAAAGUAUGAUUUCUAAUAGGUACGUCACUUCUGGUGGUUGUCAUUGAGGGGUGUGGUUUUGGGAUGUUUGGAGGGUUAUUUAAAUCUCACCAGAGUAGUUUUGGUAAGCUUUGGUAAUUUUCUGUUGACCGUUUUUCACCGUUUCACUCAUCCUGUUUUAACCUCAUUUCAGCUUAUCACUUUUUAAUUUGAAAGUAAAAGCUUUGGAGCUGGAUCAACGUGUUUUCUUUUCUUUUUUGAACAAUUUUUUAACACUCAAACCGGACUGAUAAUUUAACGGGUCACAGAUGCAAGUGAACCGUAACCCCAGCUGCCUUUUUUUGUUGAAGGAAAGCAGUCGCUACAGUUACUCUUGUUUCUGCAUAUAAUUUCUUUUUCAAAUAUGUACCUGCUAUUUAUUGAGGGAAAAAAAGUCUUUAUUGUAUAAAAAUGAGAUACCUGUCUCAAUCAGGGGGUUAUUAAAAGUGUUUUAUGCACAAAGAUCAAACAUAAUCAUCCUUUUUCAAGAACAACACUUUUUUAAGGGGAAUAAAAACUGGCGUAAACAUAGCUCCUUCCCUAUCUUCAGAAGUCAAUAUUUGCUGAAAUUAAGCAACAUAUCACCACCUAAUACCAUGGGGUCCUCAUGGGAUUCAUCCCGGGACUUGUGCUGGCCCACAUCAGGAUCUUAGCUAGACCUGGCCUCAGGAAACGCAGCUAAAUAGAUUCGCUGUUUCACUCAUUGUGCCAGAGACUGACUUAUUUGGAAAGUACUUGAGGGCUUUUAGCAGCCCACUUAACAGAAAGUUAUUGCAUCUAGCAGACAGAGCAGUCAUUGUUUUAGCCUCGGCGCUUCAGUUGAAUUUGAUAGUUUUCUCAAAAUGGCAGCAGUUGUUCGAAAACAAACCAAAACAAAGUGGGUUAAAGAUAUUGUUUGCCGUAGUGAAAGUAAAAAUGUAAUAGAUGGGUGCUGGCUGGCUUUUAUUUGUUAAAGUGCAUCUCGAGGGUCCUUCAAAUCCACAACAGUAAACACUUGUUCGGUAAUCCAUCAUGUGGCUGUGUGUCCUCUGGCAGGCCUGCAUUGAUGAAAACGCUGAGAUGGUGCAGUUUCUGGUGGAGAGCGGGAGUGACAUCAACAGAGGGGACAACGAGGGCUGGACUCCUCUACAUGCUGCAGCGUCCUGUGGCUUCAUCCAGAUCGCUAAGUGAGUGUUGACAGGCACUGCUCUGACACAUUACUGUCACUCCAUUUAUGCUGCCUUUACUAGUGGCUGAAACACUCUCAGCCUACACUGAAUUCAGUUUAGACGGGGACGCUGCGCAACAUAUCGCAACGAAAAGUCAUAAUAAGGGAAUUGAUGUAUUUAUACUCUUACCAGCUUAUUUCUGGCUGUUUGUUUACGGGGCUUUUAUUUUGGUAGGUACCUGAUAGAGCAUGGUGCUCAUGUCGGGGCGGUGAACAGUGAAGGUGAACUUCCUCUGGACGUGGCCACAGAGGACGCUAUGGAGAGACUCCUCAAAGCUGAAAUUAAAAAGCAGGGUAAGGAUCCACUCAGCUCUGAGAUUAAAACCAUUCAGGUCCAAAUAUUGGACAUCAUCCAUUAUUCAAGGAUUCAAGGAACUUAAUUUGUCAUACUCCACACCUUUGACAGUCUGUGGUAUGAAAUCGGUACCCAGGUCCAUUUCCAAGCCAAGAAUAAAAUACAAUACAAUAAAUGAAAUGUAAUACAAUAGAUAAAAUACAAUAACAGAGCAAGUUGUCAUCAUCAUGGUUGGUGUUUGUGUAAAGUUGGACUCAAACCAAACUGAUUUUGAAUUUCUUGUGCAAUGAACAUCCUUAGAAAGUUGAUGGCAAGAUGUAUAUUUGCAAGUGAGCUUGCAAAUUUUGGGCUUCAAUGACUGAAUCAGGCAAUGCUUGGUGGGUAAAGAAAAAUUUCUGAUUCACUUGAUGAUGAGUCCAUAGAUGUAUCAGCAUGAAUAAAUCCAACAUCCUGUUAAAGUAAAAGCAGUUAGUUCACAUCUGUGAAAUCUCUCUGGAGGGAUUUAAUCUGAUCUGAGUUCAGUUUAGUCUAGAGUUCAAACUAAUGCAAGUGAUGCAGUGCAAAUAUCUCCACUGCUGCUGGUGAGAGCACACCCUUAAAAGUCAAGCUUGCACGACCAAGUUUUAAUGACAAAUACCGAAAUAUCACCGCAGUCAUUCUGGCUAAAUUAUUCCCCAAACAUUUUGUUCCUUCUUCCUGCACUCCUCAUGCAGACACAUGCUUCUUUUUAUCUCUGCACCUCUCUGUUUCCACUCUCAGCAGGGUCGUAUCUAAGCUGCAUCCAGCAGCAUAACUGUCACCUGAAGGGUUUACAUUUUAAGACUAUUUUUCAGGCACCGCACAUGUAAAAGUAAGAUUUAUGCCCAAUGAAAAGGCACUGAACAAAUGUAUAUAUAGCAGUGUUUACAUAUGUCUGCACACUGAAGAAGCAGCAGAGUGAGCGCUCUUCUGCUUUAUGUCUGGAGCUGGCACUGUCAGUGAUACUCAAAAUUAGGGAAUCAAACACUGAACUUGAAAGCAGGCUGGAUUAUAUAGAGAUUACUCCAGUAAAUGAUAUGAUAGAAGAGCGUUUAAUAGCAUCAGCAAAAUCUGGUUGCUCUUUUGCUGCUGGACUUGAUUCAAUAAUAAGAUAAGAUGAAACCAUUAAAGGAAGUCGCUGUGUCACAGAAACGAGUCAAUGACACGAGAUUAAAAAUUUAAAGGCUGCACACAGAUUUUCAAAUCAGGAUUUACUGCUAACUUUUAAAAUAGUGAGAGAAUGUGGAAUAUAAUGUAGGUUUCAGGUAAGAUUUUUAUGAGUGAAAUCAGUUUUGUUAUCUACAGAGUGAGGCUUCUUGGCGUGUCGCCCUCAGUACUUGUUGCCCUUAUUUUUCUGUUUUAAGAAGCAGUCACACUUGAAGUGCUCUGUGCUGACAGAAAUAGAGCAAGAACCUCACGUUCUGUGACCUUCAUACUUUUGUAGCGCAUUGUAGCUCCAGGCUUGUAACACUCUCAAAACCUACUUUUUUACAUCGGUAAUGAGGCUGAAUGAAAAUAUAUAAAAAAUCCAACCUAGAGAAAAUUAUAACGGGGCAGGAUUUUCUAUUUUCAGAUGUCGAAAAUCUGAUUUGAAUUUUCAGUCCCAUGCUGUUUGUUCUUUGUUUCAGGAAUAGAUGUAGACAAGGCCAGGAAAGAGGAGGAGAGGGUCAUGCUCCAGGAUGCCGAGGCAGUGCUGGCAGGAGGCGGCACUCUCACACCUCACCAAAACACCAAGGCAACCGCUCUACACGUCGCUGCUGCCAAAGGCUACAUAGAAGUCCUGAAGUGGGUUGUUAGCUUUUGUCUUAUUUGGAUAACACACCGAGUCAAAGAGCUUCGAUUCAUUGCCUCUUUCUCUUCUCUUUGCUGUUCGUCGUCUCCCUCUCUUCUCCCUGACCUUGUUUAGGGUGCUGCUGCAGUGCGGGGUAGAUAUAGACAGCAGAGACAUAGACGGGUGGACGCCUCUGCACGCAGCAGCUCACUGGGGGCAAGAGGAGGUGUGCACCCUGCUCGCUGACAACAUGUGCGAUAUGGGUGCUGUUAACAAUGUGGUGAGCACAAACAAACAACCUCCCCUCAGCUCUGAUCCCGUCAUGGUAAGCCCUGUUUGAUGAUGCUCUGUGGAUGUCCUUGUAGGGCCAAACCCCUUUAGAUGUUGCAGAUGAGAAUCUUGUGGACUCUCUGGAAGAGCUGCAGAAGAAACAGAACGCUGUGAGUCCCUGUCUAUCUCGCUCCGUUAGAUAAACCUGAUUUGAUUGAUGGCAUUACAGCACCGAAUGUUCUCUGUGUUUAUGGCUGUUUAUAUUCCUCUUCAGUUACGCAGCGAGAAAGAGAAACAGACUCCUGUUAUUGAGACCAGCCCGCCGAUCUCCAUGGUACCAGUCCGCACACGCAGGUCAGUGCCAGUGUGUUGGUGUGUCGGGCAUGGAUUUGUGUGUUCUUGGGCACCCGCUAUGCUGUUCUUCACUGAACCCCAGUAAACCCAGUACCAUUAGUCUGCAUGCACAUAUGAUGUUUACUGCUCCAGCAUUCCUUGAGCUAUAUUACCUCUGUCUGCUGACAAGACAUGGGUUAGACGUAGCAGUCAGAAAUAGUCCGUGUCCUUGAUUUAUACUGGAACUGCUUUGAGCAUGUCGUGUUUGCCCACUGGAGGACUGAAAAAAGAGCUUUACACUCGAAAAUGCCAAAAGAAAGACUUAAGUUGUUGCACCUGUUGGUGUCUGAAGGGAUAUUAUGAAGCCCAAAAACAGCAGCUGACAUCUAGAAACUGCUGACUCCAUCUAACUUUGAAUUAGCUGUGAAAGAGGUAGAGUUGAGGCCAAAGUCAAUCUGUCGGGGUAACAGCCACAGCAAGCCCACGUGUCAGUCAGAUAAACUAGGGGUGUCCCAAUAAAGCUUUUUUUACUUCCGAUACGAUACCGAUAUUGUGGCCCUCAGUAUUGGCCGAUCCUGAUAUUGAUCUGGUAUUGGCACAAAAUUGUGCGUGACAGGUUUCACACUCAGCUGCAACGUCUUUUUGGGACUUCAACGAAAAAUACUGCCACACGGGCGACAUCACUCCUACUCCUUGCUAAUUUGUUAGCACCUUAGUGAACACUGUUGUUGUGAUUACGCAGGCUUUGCACUCUGGAUCCAGGUACUGUUAGAUAGAGGUGCUGGAGCAGAGUCUGGAAUGGACUGCUUGUAUCAGUGCUGAUAUCAGAGAUUUUAGAUGCAGGCCGAUAUAAUCAGAUAUUCGUUUUUUUGCAACCAAUACCCGAUAUCAAUAUUGGAUUGGGACAUCUCUAAAAUUAAACCCCCGUGUAUGCAAAAAAGAGCUGGACAAUAUAAUGUAAAAUUAAAAUCUCCGACUUUUUACACAACAGCUGAUUUACUCUUGUAAUCGAUUUGUUUUCCUUCUCGGCAAAAUAAGCAAAAAUGACUGAUUCGCCAAAAUGGGGUUAGACUCUGUAGUUUUUUCUUUUUCUUUUACUACUAUUGCAGUUGUUCAAGGAGGGACUGUGACGGCCACAGGCCUUGGGGUCUGUGUAUACAUUUCAGCAUUAUAGCAUAGAGUGACUUCUGGAGCCUUAGCACUUCGUAGAUGUUGUGAUUUUGGAGUGAAGAACUAUGCCGCUGUCUUAUGUGUUGGUGUUGAUUAGAGUUGAAUAAAGGAGAGAAGCAAGUCAUUAGACCAAAAAGAAGGGUUACAGUAUCCUCAGCAAAAUGCAGCAUGGCUGUGUCAGUCAUAGAUUUCCAUCAUACCUCUCUCUUGUCAUACAUGAAGCAGCAGGAAAAUGAUUCUGGGAUGUUGUCUGCUGUAAGCAAGUGUUUGUUUUUUUUGGGCUGUAGUGGUCUUGUGCAUCCUGUUGUGAGACACAUUUCUCUGGCUCAGCUGCAUGCCUCUGUGUAAGAUGUUGAAAUACAUUGGUCAUACUGCUGCCCUUCACUAAAGCACCCUUAGGCGUCAGACGGUGGUUUAUUUGAAGUCUUAUGCCACAGAACUGAAUUAGUUCCAAACAAACGACGAGACUUUGGCCCUUCGCCGUUUUGGGAACAAACUCUUUUAUGAAGCAGGCAGCCAUGUUGUUGUUUAGAUCUCUGUGGUUGGUGAGCAUAGGGGGAGGAUGUUAAAGGUUUGGAGCGGCAGAUGGGGGUUAGUAGAAGAAGUUACAUAGAUAGUUAAGAUUUUUAUUUUUAAAUUCUGUGCUAGAUCACAAAAACAAUUCAAUCACAGUGUUUCCCCCAGAAUUUUUUUCAGCACGUUGCUGGGUUCGCUGUUAGCGCCACUCCCUUGCAAGGAGCUACGCUGUUACGAUCACUUUGCAUUGCGUUACCCGCGCUACUUGCUAUUUACACCGUGUAUAAGCUUGAACGUCACCCUUCACAUUAAUGAAAGAGGGUUCGACAGGAUUUGAUGCGUUCAUUGAUGACUAAAAACAAGUUGAAAAUAACAUUGCUAGUGGCGCAUUGAUAUGUUGAUAUUAAUAUGUAUUACGUGAAAUUUCAGUAAUUUAAUGUUGGCACCUCUUAUGUCUUUGCUGAUCCUAACUUUUAUCUGUAAAAGUCGAGUUUUCUGUGGGAAAACCAGUUGCUGUGAGUUAAAUCUGAGUUUAUCACCUCGUCUGACAUCAACUUGGAUGGCAGUGGUGCCUGUAAAGAUAUAGCCCGUUAUGACGCCUAUGGUCUCAUUUGCUUGUUUGGAUCUGAUUCUGUUCCUUUGACAGCUGGCCUAAAACUCUUUAUGGGAGCUUUAAUUAAGAUGUGGCAUUUAAAGAAUGAAAUAGUACAGUAUCAGGUAUCUGCUAUGAUAAAUAACAGGAUCAGCAUCCAUCAUCGUAAAGUGAAUGAAGAAGAUUUACUGACGUUCACUACUUGCAAGAUUGUCAAAUGUAAAAGCUGCAGUGAUAAACCAUGAAAUCAGGUUAAGGCAUACAACUGAAAGAGUGUUCUAUAUGGACUGGACUUGCGUUGUUGUUUAUGCAGAGGGUCUGUUGGUAUUUCUUCCCGAAGGUCGCAGCUCCACAUGUUGGGUAAAGCUGUCGAAUAAGUAAGGAAAGUGGAAAAUAAGUCAUAAAAAUCAAAGCGACUCUUAGCGAAAUGUUGAUUUAGUGCCUCACAACAUCACAAAAAGCAACCACCCACAUGUCCAUUGCUGCAUGCUCCCUCUAAUUGGCUGCAUGUGGAAUGACUGCCCUCACUGAUCAGCUCCCUGCAUGCCACCUGUCCUUCCACCCCACCUUGGCCCCGCCCCUGCAGGACUUCUAUCUCUCGUAUGAGCAGCAAGGAGAAGAUCUGCCUCCACGAGCGUGAGAAGCACCCGCCCCCCGCCCUGCCGAGCAGCCCAGCCGAAGAGGAAGAGGAGGAAGGCCAGACGGGACAGACUCAGAACCAGGGGAAGGCCUCCAGCAGCUCGAGCUCAGAGGAGGAGAGCGAAUCAGAGAGUGACGCAGAGUCUGGUGAGAGGAGAUGAUGCUAUCAGGGUUUUUUAAACGAUCAGAUUGUAAGACUUCCUUUUAGUAUGAUCUCAUGUGAUUCACAGAAAAAGCCAAAAACAGAGAAAUCAUCAACAACUUGAACAACAAACGCAACACAAGCAGCCUGCUUUCUACCUCCAUGUCAACAAGUCAAGUGAAAAAGGUAAAAACUCAAGAGAAAAACAAAGAAAGACGCAGUGUUUUAAGAAUACCAAGUGGCUGUUUCAGUAAUUUUUGUAUUUUGUAUUUUUUUGACUCUGUGGCAGGAUCAGAGUAAGCCCCCGGCCACUGAGGCCCCUGCUCCUGGCUCUUGGAGAACAUCCCUCAGGAAAGCAGGCAGCUCAGUGACUCUAGGCUCAGCUGGCCUGCAGGACCCCACUAGACCUGCAGAAAGCGCCCUGGGCAUGACCCGCUCUGCCUCCAGCCCCCGCCUCAGUUCUGAGGCCGACACCAAGGUCUGCAUCUCAGGCGCUCAAAUGACUCCAAGAUUCAUGCACGCUUCAAAACAGUGACUAAUUUACAAAUGUAACGUGACGGGCCAGAAAAAGCCCGCUUUUAAAACCUCACAUGAAAUAAAACUCUCGUGUCCUCAGGAGCCCAGACUCGCUCGGGUGCCACCCAUCCCAACACGGAGACUCUUCAGUAUACCAGACAGCAGCCCUGACAACUCCAACAGGUGGGGCUGUGCUCCAGUGCGCUCCCUUGCUUGUGAAACUAGAAUCUUGUUUUUCUGAGUCACCGCAUAUGUGUCCUUGUCACCCUGUCCUUCUCUCUCAGCUGGCUGAGCCGUAGCUCCUCUUACACCCGGCGCCUCCAUAGUCAAUCAGGGAAUGAUCUCACUAGUUCCACCCCCUCUUUGCUUCACAGGUCAGUCCUGCUGCCCAGUGCACGUCCUGCACUUGUUUGCUCUCCUAGCUUGUGUGGGAUUGUUGUUGCUGUGUCACCCCCUACUCCCCCCAGCAAUGUUUGUGUUUGUGACUGUGGAAGAUGCUUUUGUGUUUCCAAUGGGAUUUUUCUCACCAGCUCAUCUUAUGGAAAGAGACUGGAUGACCCUACUGUAACCUCAGCUAGCACAGGGACGAGCUCUGCCAUACCCAGCCGCCUUAACAGUGUCAUAGGCCAGAGGUAUGACACUCUUAUCUCCUGACCUCCAGUUUCCACCGCAUCUGGAAUGGCGACAAAAAGGCCGUAUCCGCCAAUCGCAGCUGAUCAUAACCAUUCAACUUAAUGUUUCAAUUUCCAUCGGCUCCUUCCGUUCUGCUGCGGAUCGCCGGACUCUGCAGAGCAAGCGCUCUAUUUUUUCUGGACGCCAGAGCAUGCCGGAUAAAUUCAACACAGAGUAGUCUUUGCUGGAAAGGAAGUCGGGCACAUACACAAAAUAAAACAUCCGGCUUCUCUCCAAAAUAAAACUCUCCGUGUUUCAGGCGGAUCAUAUUUCACACCAUGCAAACGGGCCGUGAAAGGUUUUUAGACAGCAUUUCACCCCAAUGACACCAUGAAUGAGGAGAUGCUGGUUUUAGAAGUCUAGAGGUGGAUUUCCUCCUCUGGAAGGACACAAUGUACUGCUUAUAUGGUCAUGUGGCUGUCUUUAUAGAGACGACUCGUUAUGUGGCGGUUGCACGUGAAUUCACAGGUUCUUGAGAGUUCUCGCAAUCUCCACUGUCCGUAAUACACUUCGAAAUCCGCCUCACAAACGGAUCCGGUAGGAAUUGGCGGACAGUAAAAAUCGCCUCUGCUCCAAAUGUGGUGGAAAUUGGGAGGUUAUACUAACAGUACAUGUCCUCAGUUAUCUCAGUGAUCUGAAAUCUAUCUUUGCAUCCCUCCUUUAGGCUCCCUCAGGAACAAGCGGACAAGAAGAAUCAGUCUGCCGUCACCGCCUCCAUCACACAGAGCUCAACAACAGGCGAUCAAGAGACCAAGCAGAGGCGCAAGUGAGGCUUUUCUCUGAGUGCGCCCAUGGCCAACUGUUUGACGUCUAAAAAUGAUGGUCCUCACUUUGUGUCUGACUUGUGCAGGUCAUAUUUGACGCCAGUGCGGGAUGAGGAAGCGGAGGCACAAAGGAAGGCUCGCUCACGACAUGCACGACAGUCCCGCCGCUCCACUCAGGUACGAACAUCAUCUGAAGUUCAAGAACUGUGGAAGCUCCAUGUAUGAGUGUGGCUGAUGAGACUGUGUUGUGUUUCUGCUCUGUGAAGGGGGUGACGCUAACAGACCUGCAGGAGGCCGAGAAAACAAUGAAGACGGACAACAAAGGAAAAGACAAAAAGGAGGAAGAGGAGAAGGAGAAAGAGAAGGAGAAGGAAGCAAAAUCGAAGAAAGGAGAGGAAGGGGUGAGAGCUGUAUUUCAGAAUUAUGGGCAUGCUCUUACAUAAUGUCACGUGACGUCACAGUGUGGGGGUUACUCCGUUCACAGGAAGUGAGCUGGAGGAGUCGUAUCGCCAGUCUGCAGAAGUCGGACCUGUUGGGCCUCACGCAGCCCACUGGCACCGCACGGCCUCAGAUGUCUGACAGGAAAGGUACAAACCACCACUUCCUCUUUUUUUUUAUUGACAAAACAAAGAACUGUACAGUUGGGAAACAUUUGAUUUGCUUUCAAACAAAUACUGCUGUCUGGCUUCAUUCCAGAUGUUGAAGCAAGCACCGGAGAGAGUGAGACCGAGCGGUGGGCGAGGGAACGCAGGGAGGGGAGGCAAGCUCGGGCCAGAAGAAAGGCUGCGAGGACUGGGGAGGUAGAUGACUGCGCAUGUUGAAUGAUGAACCAGAAAGCUGAUCGGCUGUGUGUUACAGUGUGUUCUGCUGUAUGUGUCACCCGCAGAGUGAUGACAAUGAUCCCAGUGGAGAGGAAGAGUUCUCAGGCGGUGUUCUGGAUCAACAGGUGUGUUUUCCUCCUUUUGUUUUGUUCUCACCUCUGCAGACUGUUACUGUAGGCACCGGACUACACUUAUUUCUUUGUCUUGUUUACAGACAGACCGUCACCCGAGUUCCAGGUAUGUUUCAGAAUUGAACUCUUUGACUCCUUAUUACAGAGGCCCAGUCUUUUAGAUAACUGUAUCGCUGACUUCUGACCUUUGCUCAACCUCUCAGAUUGGACGUAUCCUGUAAUGAUUAUACUCUGGGAGGGAGCUCUGAUACCAAGGAUUAUAAGAAGGUAACAUAGAUUUGGUGGCUACUGGGUUUAAAGUCCCACUCCGAUUGUUGUUUUUUUCACUACUUAAAGUGUUCUCAGUGGUCUUUCAAGUGUGACGAUGAAGCUUUUACCAAAAAUCGCAUUACCGGUGUCAUUUUUAAGCGCUUUUCUUCUACAGAGUUCCAGUAGAUCAUUAAUUAUCAUUAAGUAGAUCAUUAAGUAGCAAUUCGCCUCAGUCGUGGGCAGAGACAGCGCUGCUCUUCACACUCGUCUUCACGUUGGCUUGCAGACUAACAUUGCCGGUGUUGUAGAAGUGGCAGGUAACAUAGGAGCUAUUCGGCUCUCGGACACAAAUGUCUUUAGGGACACGAUGAAAGUUAAUUUCAUAACCAGCUGCAAUUCGCUAACACACACGCUUGUUCCGCGAUCAUCCUCUGUAUUUCUCCUCUGUAUGCAGAGUCUGGCCAGUAUAGCGGGGCUCCGGGGGCGGAGCUUGGUUUGGUUACAUAUGAAAUCUCACUGUUUCUGAACCUGCUGUUUGGGUCUGCCAGAGAUUCACAGCGAUUUGAAUGAAGAAAUACUCAGAAAAGCAAUUUCACAUUUAGUUUUCUCACGAUAUGUCCUGCAGCAUCAGAAAAAUACCAUAUGAACAUAUAAAAAAAAAUAAAAACACGAUUUUCAUCGGAGUGGGUCUUUAAAACAAGUAUUCUAGUGUGUUUUUUUAUCCUUAACUUCUGUUUAUACGUUUGUGUGUGUCAGUUAUUUGAAGAGGUAUCCAGAGAAAACAGUCAGCUCCAGUCUCAGCUGCAGGACACCCAGAGGAUUGUUAGCCAGACCAGGGUGGACCUGGAGAAGGCCACACAGGUGACCACACACACACACACUCAGAAUGGAACACAAAGCUUUCUCUCCAUCUCUGCUCGGGAAAUGUGAUCUUGAACUUGUUUUCAAAAUAGGACCAACAUUUUCUCUCAGAGGGUUACGCUUAGUUGACUUGUAGAAAUGCAUGAUAAUAUGUUUUCAGCGUUAUUGCGCAGACUAUUGAGAAUUAUCGGUCCUUACUGCACGAGUAAUAUCAUACAAGUGUUAAAAGUAGGUGACAAAUAAUCAGUUAAUAUCUUUUUUUAUUCUUAGUUUAAUUGUGCAGUUUUUUUGUGUGUGUUUGUGAUCAUAUUGACGAGCUGCCGUCGUCCAGGUGCUGAUGAUCUUCAUUUUUGUUGUAUCUUACAGCGACAGGAGCGCUUCAGUGACUGUUCAGCUUUGUUAGAGCUGGAGAGAAAGGUAAGGAGUCCCUGCUGAUGGUGCUUCCUGUUGUUCUCGUUUUUUUUGGCUUCAACUGCCUCACCUUCUGCCACCCCUGCUAUUUGUUGAUCCUCUCUCUUCUCUUCUCCCCACUCGGACCACUCUUUCACAUGUAUUCACUCGACCUUUGUGGCCCUCCUUCUCCACAUCACCUUCUCCCUCCCAAACCCCCCCCCCCUUCCUCUCUCUUUCCUGCUCCACCACACGCUUCCCUGGCAUCAGGACCGGAGGAUGUUGGAGCGGCGGAUGGCGGAGCUUGAGGAGGAGCUUAAGGUGAGGAGACAUUAAAAAGGGGUCUUAACCACAGCCGCAGACACUCUGCAUGUCUUUGCUUGUUACGCACGGCUAAAGCUUGUGCAGGCCAGUGGUGGCGUGGAGGCGUGUUUCAUGAGUGUGUAAGAACAGCAAAAUAUUUUCAGGAGGUUUGAGUUCUUGUUUUUUUUUCUCUGACAUAUGCAGAUUAUUUUUUCCCUCAUCGAAGGUGGUUUCUCUUUUUUAAUGUAGCGUAACUCAAUCAUGAGAAAAAUGUCAUGUCUUUUCUCCGAAGGUGCUUUAUUACAUCUUUGAAAAUCCCAAAAAUGUAAUAAAGCGUGCCUUUCUAUGUCAAGGUUUUGAUCUUGCAUUCUGUUGUAAAUACUAUAGAGAUGUAUAUGUUGUAAAUACCAGAUCCUUCCUCUUUCUUAGGUGAGCAAAAUGCUGCUGAUGACAAGAAAACAGAAGUUAUUCAGAUCAUUUAGCUCAGCAAGAACUGACCUUUUCUGCACCCAAACAGCUCUUAAAAGCUGUUUUUUAGAGCUGAGUCCUUCAUGACUGAUACAUAAUCCCUACUUCAGCGUAGAGACUGUCUGCAGUCACAAAGCUGUUUUCCUGCGGUGAAGUUAAGUGGGUUAAUACAAAAAUAAUAAUGUUGGAGAAAACCUAAACAGAGGUAAAAGGUUUAAAGAUGUUCUUUCAUCAGUUUAUCACUAAAUGAUGAGAGCAUUAAUGUUUCACUAAAAAGAUGAUUGUGAUGUUCUUCUGAGGUUUUAAAGCACCAUUUGUCAAUAUUGAUAUGCCACAGUUGAAAACUUCAGUCACAGUUACCUUGUAUUAUGUAUGUCUUGGACUAACAGCAACAUUUUUAUCAAACAGAUGAUGUUUUUUCGGGCAAAGCUGCAUCUUUGCUGCUGUUUUAAUCUCUUCAUUUAAAGGGAUAUUCCGGGGUAAAAUUAAGUUAAGGUCAAACAUACCUUAACACCGAGUUAGACACCCCCUCGAGAGAUGAAUGUUGCCGACUGCUUGAUUCUCUAGUUAUACCAACUUUAGUAACGACCGCAAGAUAGCAAUACACAGCGGUCUGAGGUGUUAUAAACAAACAUCAAUCAAAAUGCCAUUCUACAGCCACAAAUAAUAUUAAGAACAGCACCUAACUUUAUCAGCGGGGUGGCGCAGCUCAAGGAAGAACAUUUAUGAUUAUUUCUUUAUCAUUACCUUGAAGUGAUAAUCACCAUAUUAAUCAUUUUGCACUGCAGACGCGGUAGUUCUUCUGCCUUAUUGUCUCUGUCUGAUUGCAUUUCCAUAAAGAAAUGAUCAUAAAUGUUCUUCCUUGAGCUGCGUCACCCCGCUGUAGUCCGUAAUGGACUGUCCCAAGGUCUUGCUACAAACAAGUGGCUGCUGGAAGAGAGUAGGUGAGUUGUGUUUAGUCUCUUUGCUAAAGAAAGUAGGCAAAGUUAAAAAGAUGUUUGGUGGCUAGUGCUAUAGCUGGGACCCUGUAUGUACUGUUGAUGAAGUUAGGUGCUGUUCUGAGCAUUAUUUGUUGCUAUAGAGUGGCUUUUUGGUUGAGGUUUGUUUAUGACUCCUCAGAUUGCUGUGUAUUGCUAUCAUGCGGUCGUUAUUAAAGUUGGUAUAACUAGAGAAGCAAGCAGUCGGCAACACUGAUCUCUUGAGGGGGUGUCUAACUCGGUGUUAUGUGUUUGACCCUAAACUAUUUUACGCCGGAAUAUCCCUUUUAAAGGUGUAAAAACCAGCAAUGACACCCUCUAAAUGAUAUUUGUUUUAAUCUGAGCUCACUUUUACUUUCAGGUUCUGGUCGACCUAAGAGCAGAUAACCAGCGUCUUAAAGAUGAAAAUGGAGCACUGAUCCGUGUCAUCAGUAAACUCUCCAAGUAGAUGGAGAGAGCGAGACACACCAAAAGCAGGGAAUCCCCCCCUCCCUCAAUACAUCCAUCCAACCAACCAUCCCUCCAUCCUUCCACACAUUCUUCUGAGUGCCAAAGAAGGGGAGAGAAGCAGCAGACUGCCCCACACGUACAUUAGCACCACAGCUUGACUUGGAUUGUGACAUCUCUCUGUGAACAGCUGGGGAGGCUUUUGUGUGCCUUAAUGCCCAAUUUGUCACAGGAAGACCUUUUUGCAGGAAGACGUCUGUGGCGUUUGGUCAGGGGCUCCAACAGCAGCAACAUGAGAUUCAACAACACUCAGCCUGACCGUGGCUGGUGCAGCACCCAAUACAUCAUCUAUGAACUAAAACUGUGCAUAAGGGGGACAAAUAAAAACCACGCACACACACAUUCCCAUGCGUGCAUCACACACUUCCUCGAUGCACAUUCCACGAGCACACAAGGCACCCUGGGCCUUAAAGCUCCCACUUUAUAUCGUAUUUAUUUUAUUUGAACACAUCCACGUCACACGAUUCACAAAUUUAACCCCACGCACAGUUCAAAUCCUGAUUGUCAAGCAUGUUCUGGUAAAGAUCUUCAGUAAAGGCUCAGUCUUUACACUCGACAACGUCCAGACGACAGGAGGAAGUCCAUGAAGCUGUUGGGUUGUUUUGUUUCCACUUGCAAGUGUUUGAACCCACCUACCUCUCCACCUUUGCACCUCCCCUCAUACAUUUAUAUUUUUGUGACAACAGACACACUCCAUGCUCUUAAAAAAAAAAAAAAGUGACCGCAGAACCAGGUCAGUCGACCACAGCACUUUACUCUUUUCAAAGCAAUAAAAAGACCUGUGAGGCUUUGUCCAUCCUCCAGGAAAACUAACUUACUCCUCACUCAGUCAGAGGAGGGAGAAGUCACCCAUAGCUAAAGGUCUUGCAGAGUUCUAGAAAUUGCUGUUCCAUGGAAGCCUAUAAUGCUAUGAAUGGUUUUAAUUAUUACCGUUGAUUGAGAUAUUUUCAUGGUUUGUCAAUGUCGAUUCCUCUCUUUCAAGGGAGCACAGUAAUGUAUAUUAUAUUUGUAUAAAUAUUAGUCUUGAAUAAUACCCUUUUUGAAGUUCAAUUCCACGUAGCCUUUCUUCACAUGUUGGUUUUCUAAUAUAUUGAAUGGAUGUCUGCACCCUAAUAAAAAGAAGUGUGUUUGUAGUGA